UUCAAAAAAUUUAUUCACACUGAAAACAGAAUCAGAAACAUUGUAUUCAAAAGUAUCAAUGACUUUUAAUGUACAUCUUUUACUACAUUUAGCAGAAAGUGUUUACAAUUGGGGUCCACUUUGGGCUCACAGUGCAUUUGCUUUCGAAUCGGGCAAUGGACAAUUAUUAAAGAAUGUAAACAAAACCACGGAAAAAAUGGAAUGUGAUACUGAUUUUGAUAAGGAGGUACACAUGCCGGAAUCAACAUCAAUAAUAAUAGAAGAAAAUCCUGUGAAUGAUAUUCCAUUAAAAAGUCAAAAGAUUUUUUUGAGUGAUGAAGAAACUGAAUCUGUUUUCUUAAAUGAAAGAAUUCUUGACAAAGAUAAGGAUCAUCACUCUGAAGAAAUCAAGUUAUCGGAUGUCACCGGGGAGUGGCUGGCGCGGUUGGAGUUCCAGUGGCUGGCGCGGUUGGUGUUUCUGGAGUAGCCGGAUUUCUUACAGGUCGUUUCUUUGCUGGUCUACAAUCGGAAUUUUCCAUCGAGCUUGACGAUGUUGAUGACGGUGCAUUUCUCUUCCUUUUAUUUCGAUUCUUCGAUGCUUCUUUUUGACGACUUCUUUUAAUUUCCGGAGCGAUCAAAUCUCUCGCAAUUGCUAUAAAUGAUCGCUGCUCGCACAUGUGACGUUGGUAAAUGUCUAGGAUUCUUAGUUCGGUCUCGUCGUCAUCCGUCAUAAAAGGAAAUUCGAUAUUCUCUUUAAUUGUAACCUUUUUUUUUGUAUUCAGCGACAAACGUUGAACAUAACGACUGAUUCUGCAAAACAAAUUAAAUUAAUUAAAUUUAAUUAAAUAAUUAAUUUAAUAAAUUUAUAUAUACAGUCGAACCUGGAUAAGUGGUCCCUCGAUAAGUGGGAAUCCUCUUUAAGUGGAACUUUCUUUGCGGUCCCUGCAUAAGUAACUUGACCUUAAAUGACCUGGAUAAGUGGAAUACCUCUAUAAGUGGAACAAGAACUUUGGUCCCUUCAGGUUCCACUUAUCCAGGUUCGACUGUAUAUAUAUAUAUAUAUAUAUCACUCUCGAAAAAUACAUGGAUGUAACAAUGUAAGGACGUAACAUACUAGGUAACAUACAGUAACAAACCCAGGUAACAUACAUGAAGUAUGUUACGUACCCAUCCCUGGACUUUUUCAUCCUCCGCUACCGGAUUCUUUAAUAACUAGCUAAAUGAAAGACAUUUCAAAAAAAAAUUAACCAUUUUUUUGAAAAAUUUUCAAAAAUUUAUUUAAUUUAA